UCGCUAUGCUUUAGACGCUGACUCAAUUUGACCAGGAGACGGUCUGCAAUUAGCCACAAAAAUACCGAAACUGCUAUCAGUCGGACGUCUAGUCAAUUGAUUUCGACCGUCAGACGAAUAGAGAAUGAACAAACGAAAUUAGGCUCUCAGAAUAGCAUAAUGAUCUCACACGCAAUGCAACAGAAGCAAGCCACGACUGAGACCCAGCGAGAAAUACGACGAUUUCGACACGUAAGCCAAAAGCAGCACGAUAGUCUCCGGAGACAAAUAGGAAGAGACACCGGUUUGAUCAUGAAGAAGUUGGAAGAUAUCCACUUCUCGACGUCUCAUCACCUUACCAAAAGAGAAAGCAAUCGUAGAAUCCUCCUGAGGGGCGCAGAUAGGGAAACCGCAUUGACUUCACUCCUACUAAUGAAGGAACAUGUUAGACAGGCGGCUGUAAAUCACAAUACUUAUGCCAGGCGUGGGAUUUCGCAGCAGGAGAUGAACAUGGUUUUGUCAGAGUUCAAUCACCUUGUUUCUUCGGCAUUGCAGGAGACGGCUGCCCAACAUUCGGAGUCGACAGCUACAUCAUUGGAUCGAUGGUAUUAUUCUGAUUCACUGGGCGGGUCCUUACUUGCAGACUCGAUAUCAUAUACCACGUGCAUAGACGGUGGCAAAGCUCUCUUGUCAACAGGACUACCAGAUGGGAGAGUAAAUCUGGCGAAAUUUUCCAGGUUUUGGGUGCACGGAACGUCUAUGGGGAGAUUGGUCUUCAGUAUUGCUGAAAUUUUGAACGAAGAUACUCAAGACCGCUAUGCUGUCGAGAGUCAGGUCACAUUCAUUCCCAGGAUUGCGAUACAACCUGUUGUGGCGAGUAUUCGGUUCUCACACGUGAGAACACCAAACCUCGACCUAGAGCUCUGCAUACAGCUCAACUUGUUCAGAAUCGUCGAAGAUGAGCGAAUCCACGAAAUUUUAUUCACUUAUGGGUUAGUGGAGGAUAUCGACACUGCAUUUCGAGAAAACCUAAUCACGCCGUAUGACACCAAUGCAAGUGGUACAAUACUAUCUCUAUUUUAUGCAGGUUCCGGAGUUCGCGCUGACAUAUUGAGAUAUCUUGACAGUCAAGGGAUUGGGAAAGUGGCGUUGAAUGGUGAUGGUGAUAUCCUGCAUGCAAUCUGGUGUAGCGUCAGCGUCGGGCUUCACAAGGAUUUUACCGACCAUCAUAGAGACAUGCAGUCGUAUCUUGAUGGCCGUAUCAAUUCUUUCACAAUGAGUGAUGGGACAAAUGCGGCACAUUUUUUUGCUUGGCACAGACAUGUAUUCGGAGAGCCAGACCCGAAUACAGAAGAGCAAUGGCGAGUUUUCUUCUCACAAAAUGGUAUGACGCAAGAACUCCAAGGCGACAGGAUCAUAGAGGUGUCUUUGGAUAUUUGUGCUCGUCCAUACCAAGAAAGCCUGAGGAACAUUAGCUGGCUUCUGGAACUAGGAAUGGAUCCCAGCACGAUUGGUUCGAUCGACCUCACGGGUGAAAAUGGCUUACACUCUUCGAUACGUGUUCGCGCACGUCGCUGGGAGUGGAAUGGUCGACCAGAUCCCAUUUCUGAAAGAAAAGUCCUCGAAGAGAAGCUUGUUCUGCUGAUCAAAGCCGGGAUAUCGAUACAUCAUCGCGAUCGUAAGGGGAAAACACCCUCGGUCUACGCCAGAGGGUGCAAUUGUUGGGAUAUGUGGUGUCGAGCACUGGAAAGAGCCGGCUUCAAAGUCGAUGAAGUACUUCAGGAAGAAAACAACGAGUGGUUACAAGAAGCUGGAUGGGAAGAACGAUUGAUAGACUUGGGGUACUCGAGGAAACUGAUCAGCGUUGGAUGGAACUAUGAUACGGACGAGGAUACAGACAGUGAUUUAGAUGGAGACCUCGAAUCGCAAGUGAACGAAGACUUGUACGAGAGUUCAGGCGAGAACUUGCCUGAAAGAACUGAGGAUGCAAGUGACAGGACACGUGAAAACACUUGUGAAGGAUUCUAAGAAGAUACUGUAGAGGAAUAUUGUUUGAGGGCCUAUGUAAGAUAGUUGCAAUGCAACAUCCGAGAUUUCCCCUUGCUCUUCGCUGUACAAUUGAGUAUAGUACAUAGGAUAGUACAUAGGAUACCAAGUAAAUCCACACAAU